CUCGUGUGAAUGUGGACGGAGAAAAUCGUGGCGCGCGCACAGAAUCGCGAUAUAUUCGCAAAAGUGUGGACUGCUUGCUGUGUGUGGUAUAAAUACGGCAAUUGUUAGGUGACUUGAGAGUAGUUUUGUCACGCCCGUGGGCAAAGCAAUUUUCUCAGUGAAUGCGACAGAGCAAAACUCUUCACGGUGCUUUUGAUGGGGAGAAUGUAGUGGAAUAAUGGGCUGCGGAGGGUGUUGUUCUUGAGGCACCCAGAGGAAGAACAAGAGGAAGCCCGGAGUUGACAACAUCAGGACGAGACGGGCGACAAUGAAGUGCCGCUCCUUUGCACAUUUCAUAAUUGUCACAAUAAAUCUGUGUGUUGUGCAAAAGGCGACAACCGAAGUCUUCACGCUAGGCUAUCUCACGGGCUCACAGCGCAGAGUUGGUGAUCUGGAGUACACACGACCAGGACUCACCAUAUCUGGGGCCAUUUCGUUGGCCAUUUCUGAGGUCAACGGCGGUGUGCUCAAGGAUUUGGGACACUCCAUUGAGUUCAUGGUGGCCGAGACGUUUGGCGAGGAAGUGUCCAGCAUCCGCCAAACGGCUGCGCUCUGGACCAAGCAAAUUGCCGGCUACAUUGGACCACAAGAGACUUGUGUUCAUGAAGGAAGGAUGGCAGCAGCUUUCAAUUUGCCCAUGAUUUCCUAUUUCUGCACACACCGAGACACGUCCAACAAGAAGGACUUCCCCACCUUCGCGCGCACUCGCCCACCCGACACGCAAAUCUCCAAGUCGGUCCUGUCGCUCUUGCUGGCAUACAAUUGGACACGUGUCACAUUCCUGUACUUGGACUCGGAGGACAACGAAUUCGGCGCCGUGGCGGAGACGAUCGUGUCGACGCUGGAAGCGGCCGGGGUGAAAGUGCACAUGAUCCUGACGUGGAACACGAUCUACCAUCACGGAUACUCCAAGUCGCCCUUCGACGAUUUGGUUGAGCUCUCGUUCACCGACACAAGAAUUUAUCUGAUUCUGGGCCACUACUAUGAGCAUUUAGGGCUGCUGCUGAGUCUGGAGAGGCGCAGACUUCUGGACCAAGGCGAGUACUUCGUCGUGGGCAUCGACAUUGAGCAGUACGACCCAUCAGAUCCGGAGAAGUACCUCAAGGGACUGCUGCAGGACGAGAGAGAUGUGCGAUCUGAGAAAGCUUUCAGGUCCUACAUGGCCAUCGUUCCGUCAGCUCCGGUUGCAUUUAAUGACUUCGCCAUUAAGGUGAACAAAUUCAUGGAGCUUCCCCCCUUCAACUACCCCAAUCCACUGGGCCACAUUGGCGGCGUGAAGCAGAUUCGAGCUGAGGCGGCGUACUUGUACGACGCCGUCCACUUGUACACGAAAGCUCUAAUCCGAGUGGCACGGAAUGGGGGCGAUCCACGCAAUGGCACCGCCAUCAUCGAUGCCAUCAAGGGGAGCAACUAUUUAAGUGCGAUGGGGUAUCUGGUGCACAUGGACGAGAACGGGGAUGCUGCGGGCAAUUACACGGUGCUGGCGCUGGGCAGGAACAGGAGUGGCAGUGGCAGGGAUCCGGACAGGACGAUUCUCGGACUCUAUCCACUCGGGACAUUCAGCAGAUUGGCCGGGGAUCGGGUUCCGGAUCUUCAUCUCUUCCGGCACAUGGAGUGGAUCAGUGGCAAGUCCCCAAUCGCUGAGCCUCAGUGUGGCUUCCGUGGGGAGAAGUGCAUAAGCUACACUGGGGAAAUAUCCGCCGGAAUAGCAGGUGUGGCCCUGCUCUUGCUGGGCAUCGUGUCUCUCGUCCUCUACAGGAACUGGAAGUAUGAGCAGGAGCUGGACAGCCUACUGUGGAAGGUGGACUUCAAAGAGAUCCAAAUGCACGAGAGUGACAAAGAAGGCAACGGGCAGAAAUUAACCAGAGCCACUCAUCCUUUAAUAAGAACCAGCCAGGUUAGCCUGAGUUCCAAUCCUGAUGCUGAUUUCCGCUACUCCACAAUCUUUACACCAAUUGGACUGUACAAAGGUCAACUGUAUGCCAUUAAGAAGGUGCAGAAGAAGUAUGUGGACAUCACGAGAGAGAUGAAGAAGGAAUUGAAGCUGAUUCGCGAUUUGCGUCAUGACAAUAUUUGCGCCUUUAUCGGCGCUUGCACUGAUCCUCCGAACAUCUGCAUCAUCACUGAGUAUUGCAACAGAGGGAGUCUGAAGGAUGUCCUGGAGAAUGAGGACGUGAAGCUAGACAAUAUGUUUACAGCCUCAAUGGUGGCAGACAUCAUUCGAGGCAUGAUUUAUCUGCACGAGUCUCCGCUGAGAUACCACGGAUCCUUGUGCACCAGCAACUGCCUCAUCGAUUCGCGCUGGGUGGUGAAGAUCAGCGACUUCGGUCUGCAAGGCUUCAAGCAAGGCGCCGAUGACAUUCCCGAGCUGAGGAACAUGUCUUCUAAGCACGAGAAGCUCCUCUACAGGGCACCUGAGCUGCUGCGAGCAGGCUCAACGGGCGGAGCGGCCGGGACGUGCAGGGGGGAUGUGUACUCCUUCGGGAUUGUUCUGUACGAGAUUCACACGCGCCAGGGACCAUACGGAGAGGAGGGGAAGCAAGUCCUCGAGUGUCUGCGCAAGAUUCUCAAUCCAAUGGACCCGAGCGUGCCCUAUCGUCCCUCCUUGCAGCCUCUGGAGUCGUCCUUCGACUGCGUGCGGGAGUGCUUGGGCGAGUGCUGGGCCGAACGGCCCGAAGAUCGGCCAGACUUCAAGAUGAUCAGGGCGAAGUUGCGCCCCUUGAGAAAGGGAAUGCGUCCCAAUAUAUUUGACAACAUGAUGGCCAUGAUGGAGAAGUACGCCAACAAUCUCGAGGCUCUGGUGGAUGAGAGAACGGAUCAAUUGCAGGAGGAGAAGAAGAAGACUGAGGCACUCCUGCUUGAGAUGCUGCCCAGACCUGUGGCGGAGCAGCUGAAGAAAGGCAACAAAGUCGAGGCGGAGAGUUAUGACAUGGUCACGAUCUACUUCAGCGACAUCGUGGGCUUCACGGCGAUGUCAGCCGAGAGCACUCCUCUGCAGGUGGUGGACUUCCUCAACGAUCUCUACACGUGCUUCGACUCCAUCAUUGGCCACUAUGACGUGUACAAGGUGGAGACGAUUGGAGACGCUUAUAUGGUUGUCUCUGGACUGCCGAUUAGAAAUGGAAUUCUGCACGCCGCUGAGAUUGCUUCAAUGUCUCUCCACCUCCUGGACGCUGUGUCUGAGUUCAAGAUUCGCCAUCGUCCCAAGGAAUCUCUGCUCCUCCGCAUUGGCAUCCACUCUGGGCCUGUGUGUGCUGGAGUUGUGGGCCUUAAGAUGCCGCGAUACUGUCUCUUCGGCGACACCGUGAACACCGCUUCCCGGAUGGAGAGUACGGGAAUGCCACUGAAGAUCCACAUCUCCGGCCAGUGCAAGCAACUGCUGGAUCGCCUGGGUGGAUACAAUUUCCAGGAGCGCGGCGUAAUUGCCAUCAAGGGAAAGGGUGAGCAGAGGACAUACUGGCUGGUUGGGGAGAAUCCUGAGGCGCGCCUGAAGAGGAACAAAGAGCGCAGCGAACGUCGAGGCUCGAAGGGUCAGAACAAGCUGAAGCAGCAGACGUCCUUCAAGCUCUUCGAUCCCAUUCUCACUGCCGGCCUGCCCAGGAGCAGUCUGAAGAAUCGCGGCAUGCAGCAGAGACCCUCCCUGCCGAGAUCCUCGAGUCUGGAAUCGCCAAAGAAGCUUCGGUUUGCCAGCAACAAUCUCCUGGAGCACUACAGUUACCAAAGAUACAGCGACGAUGCUCUGCUGGAAGUCACCAUCUCAGAUUCCAGUCCUAGGAAGUCCACUAACGGCUCCAGCGAGGACUUCGCCUCCUCCUGUCCCUGCAUCGAGAACCUGUGCUCCUUGGAGGAGAGGCAGGAGUUCAAGGAUAUCACUGCCAUUCAAUGCUUCAGUCCGACCGCGAUAACGCCUCUCCUCUCCAACAACAUCCACAACGUCGGUGUCUAGGCCGCCAAUCCCGCUUCCACGGUACUUAACCUGAGGUUUCCGCCACACCCCACCCAUGGACAUGAUCGGAUUUAUUAUCUCUAGUCGUGAACAAGAAGAAAAAAAUCUCAGUGCAACCACCAUUUUUACAAAUGGCGGUUGCUUAUUGAGAUUGAAGGCUCGUGUAUUUUUUGUCAUUCGUAUUAUUUUACUAAAUGCAUUGGAGAGAUGAUUGAGGAUGACUAGGACAAUUAUAGCCACUUAUAGAAAGCAACAUAUUAAAUGUUCUUGGUGAGAUUAA